GAGAUUCCAGAAUUUACUAACGAAUAUAGAAUUAAACGUAAAAAUAAUGGACAUAAACAAUAUGGAUUUGUAUCUGCAUUAUUAUACGACAAGCGUAUGAAUAAGUUUAUCUUUGAAUUACGCGGUCAGGAUUCGGUUAAAAAUAAGCAAAGGGAUAUCGAGAAAGUAUUCGAUGCUCCAGACAGAUUUGAUAUCAAACAUGUUGUUAAGUUAGAGAAAUGGGAUACAAUUACCGGUGAUGAUUUACUAAUCUAUGAUAAACAAAAUGAAAUGUUAUACAAACAGAAAGAUAUAUUUUCUGCUAUGUCAAGAGAAGUUCUUGAAGAAACAGGAUUAGAUAUCAAAAAGAUUUUUUGUGAGAUUAAAUACUUUGGGUUUGAUAAGAAGAUUUUUGAAACAGAUGGGAUAAUCACCCAUGUAUUUCUAAUUAUCUUUGAUAGUUAUGAUUUCAUUCCUUAUUCAAAAGAAAAGAAAAAGGGCAAUAAAGUGAUUGCUUUGAAUUCAUAUGAUAUUUUGAAAAGGAUAAAUGAUGACAAGGAUAAAGAGACAAAAUAUUUCACGCCAACUAUUGAGAAU